AUGUUUGGCCCUGGACAAUUGGUGUCAACUCUCCUACCUGCAGUUUUUCACUCCUCUGCAGCUCAAUUCUUCCCUGCCUUCCCCACUAGAUUGGGCUCCCCUCCUCAGAUCCUGUUCCCAGGGCCCCUGAUUAGCUACGAGUCCCUGAGGAGUUACCUACAGCCGGAGCCAUGCAAGGAGGCUCUGCUUCUGGCUACACAAGCAGCAAGGAUGUGCCACCUUACAGAGACCAUGGAUGAACAGAGGCCAGUGAAGCAGCGUCGUGCUCGAGCCAACUACAGCAGCUGGCAGCUGGAGGAGCUGGAGAAGGCCUUUGAGACCACCCACUACCCUGAUGUGUUCAUGAGGGAAGCCCUGGCCCUGAGACUGGACCUCAUAGAGGCCAGAGUACAGGUGUGGUUUCAAAACCGCCGAGCUAAGAUGCGGAGGCAGCUAAAACUGCAAUGUCAGCUGGGAGAGCCGUUUUCUAAGAAGGACAAUGAAGAGGUAGAAGACAAGUCCAACCAGAUCUCCCAGGAGCCAGAGAGCUCUGACAGCGAGCCCAGAAGGAAGGAGAAAGGCAGCUACCCCUGGACUGAAGUCCCCAGUGCUGUGGUGAUCCUGCCUGCCCACAGACUUGCCCAGGAAUGGGAGGGCAUGGAGGGGCCCAGUCCGGAAGUGUUCCGCUCCUGCAGCAUUGCUAAGCUGCGGGCAAAGGCCAGAGAGCAUGAGGCUGAGAUCCACAGCACUGUGGCCAAGUCAGGCGGGGAGAGACAAACACAUACACGGGACACUGAUGACAGAGAGAGUGACUGAUCUGCAUGACCCCAAACACGAUUCUAAUUAUGAGCCACUGUCUGGGUGUCAGAAUGUAAGUUAAUCACAUUUUUAGCCUGUGUAUAAGGUGAUUUAGAAUGCGCAGCUGGUGCUGAAACCACAAAAGUGCCUUUAUCACAGCAAAUUUCAAAGUGUAAAUCUAAUCCCAGGAGUGUUUAUGUUACUCGCUGUAUGUUUUUCUAGGUCCACUCUCACGAGAUGGACCCAUGAGCGCUGGUGUUAAAUGAACACCAGCGCGAGUGAGUUUCCUGUACAGACAUUAAUUCCUGAUUACACUUUCAUAGGCAUUUGUUUUUCAUGUGGCCAUCUCUUUACCUGGUGUCUAAAAGCUCUUGUGAUAGCCAAAGGAUCAAGGUAAAACUGAAAGAGGAAACGCUCUGAUGAAUUCUCAAUGAUCUCACCGAUGACAAGGCCAUCUGUGAGCUAUCCUGUUACGGUUGCUAUGGACGGAGGAGCAGGAUGUCUGCAUGCCGCCACAAGCCCUCAAAGGAAACAAUGGAAAUGGACUGAGAAAUGGCUGCACUCUGUGACAAGGACACUCUAUAGACAACACAGCAGACACAUGCUGUUGUUGUUUUCCUGUAAGAGAUGAACUCCUAAACAAACUGAAAUGUACUACUGUUUUUUUGGGCGAUUAACAUUGUUGGGAUUUACAUCAUGUCUAUGCAAUCUUUAGUUAGACAGCGAAACGGUUUAACAGAGUCCGCAUGUUGGGAUUAUCUCUCACAUUAUUUGGGGAAAUUAAAAGAGUAGCUUUCCAGAGACAGCACAUCCUUGUAAAUCUGUUUUUUUUACGGCCAAGCUCAUGUCCAACAGCCAGGUCGAGUGGAGUGGAGAAUGUGAUAUAACCCACAUGUCAGGGUCAUUUGAAAAUCAGUCAGCAAGUACAUAUGCACAAAAACAGCAGCUUGCUUCGUACUAUAAUGGAAUAGAGUAUUAGUAGUUGGAGAGGUCAAAACCAAUCCAGACAAAUACAUUUCCAUAGCCUUACUGUGCACCCCUUUGACAAUGAGAAUGCCUUUUUCCCUAACUGUAUCAUAACAAUCUUCAGACCACAGAAUUGUUUGUG